AUGAAACCCUUGCUGAUUGACGCUUGCAAACGCAAAUGGGGGGAUACAAUUCCGAUCGUCGAAGAAAUUCGAAAUGUGAAGUGUCAAGAAGACUGUAUUAUUAUCGGCACAAUAUACAAAGAUUUGUCUCUCUUCAAAAGCAUUCUCAAUGAGAAAGUGUCCAGCGCGUUUAAUCCACAGCUGAUAGGCACCCAAUUCCUCCCAAAGAAUAGUCUCCACGGUCCGCUCUCCCAGGAGGGCGAUCCCAUCAUUUUAGAAGAUUCGACAACGCGAAUCAUGAUCAAAGACUUCAAAGAUCCCAUCGUUACCGGAGUGGUCAUGGCGAUUCGAGGCGAAGUUCGCGUUUCUCUUCAUGGACUCGAAUGGUGA